CCGGCGUCUCGCUGCAACGGGGCGUUACCUAAUGGCCUACGUAACCUGCUCAUUGUGACAGGCUGAGUGAGGCAUGGCAAGGAACAGCUACCGGAAUUUUCUGAGACUGCUGGAGAAGUGGCCGCUGGAUGCAAGUAAAUCUGGGGACCGAGACCUUGGGGAGCACAUUCGGAAACGUGUGACAGAAGCUUUCAAACACGGAGAAGCCUCAGAAGUGAAUGAAGAGGAGUGCCAAAGGAUCUACACCUCACUAAACCGCAUUGCCUCUGGUGCUCACGCAGCUAAGUAUCCACGCUCCCUCACCAGCACUUCCACGGGUCUGUCUGCUGAAGAGUGCCAUCACAUCACAUCAACAGAGUUCCUCAAAGCCUUGGAAGAUGAGGAUAAAGGGGUCCUUCAGCGCUUGUUGAAGAAAGAUUGAUUUCUUUGUUGUG